CUUGCAAAGUGCACAAGAAUUAUUCCUUACUAAGUAUAAUUUGAAAAGAGACCAUGAUCAGCACUUGAUGUCUCUGCCUUUCAGAUUCGUGUGAUUGAGUUGUUUUCUUUGAUAUGCAACUGAUUCGUUUUGAAGUGAAUCUGUAGAAGCACCCCCCACCCUGCGUCCUAGCUAGGUCGUGAGGUGCAUGUUCGAUUUUUAGCUCAAUUUUUAAGUUUGGUUGUAACUAAGUAAUAUCUAACGGUAACGCGUAGCGAUAGCUAUAAAGAGUAGUGUCCCUGCAUGUUGUUGGCGUUGAUCGAUGUUGGUUGUAGUGGGUAUCUGGUAUUAAACGUCCCCGUGUGUGUGGAGGUGUACUGUACGUCUUACUCCUUUCGAUUGAAGGAGUCGCUAUGACAAGUGGACGCACACCAACAAGACGCAAGCAAAGUAAUUCUAAUUUAUUUUUCUGACUGUCGUUUGGAAAUAAAUAAAAAUAUACAUAAUACACUCAUCAUACAUCAAUGAAUGAGUGUGAAAGUCGUGAAUUUGCACCAGUAUUCGCUAAACUAGCUUUCGUUUCAUCUCACCGGGACCUGUCUUAUGAUGACAAACAAUGUUUCAUCAGCCAUUGUUAAUCGAGGCAGAUGAGAGCGCGGACAGACUGCGAAGAUCGGCAGGGUGGGC